UGAAGCUUUAAAAGAAAAGAACACCCUCCCUACAAUCAAACAUGGGGAGGUUUGAUAAUGCUGUGGGGUUGUUUUGCUUCCUCUGGUACUGAGGACCUUGAACAUGUGAAAGACGUAGUAGAUUAUCAAUGCGUUUUUGGUAAACUAGUGGGUGUCUGUUGAAGGUUGUGGGUCUUCCAUCAGGACAAAAACACAAACACACAUCAAUAAACAACAGGAAUGGUUAAACAAUUAACACUGGACUGUUCUGGAGCGGCCAGCGAUGAGUUCAUAUCAGAAUCCCAUCAAAAACCUAUGGUGAGAUAUUUUUCACAGAUAACUCCAGUACCUGAAAAGAAGUACCUGGAUGUUCAUAUGUUCUUCAGAUUUUGUGUAUGAGAUCUGAAAACAGUAGUUAGUGGAAGGGACCACUCAAACAUUGAAGAAUUAGAGCAGUUUGAAGAGUGGCUGAAGAGUGGGACAAAUUGCCAUUAGACAGGUGCAGCAAGCUCAUUGAUGGCAACAAGAAGCAUUUUCUGGUGGUUCUGCAAUGCUGACAAUCCAAUAACAACAUGUCUAGACUGAAGUUUUUUUAAAUGUCAACUUAUUUUUGAAGAAAUAGGGAAUUAUUUAAGAAAAGUGAAAGGGUGGCAAUAUAUUUAUCUAUAUUAGAAAUCGAAUACAAUAGAUACAUUUGUGUCUAUUAUUAUUUAUAAAAUGUUUACUUAUUGAGUGUAGUUCUGCACACCGUGUGUACCUGCAAAAUAAACAUUUGUUAACAAAUACAAUGUUACGGUCACAAAGACCUUCAACUUUGGUCAAAGGCAUGUCAGAGAUCUACGUGACCUGAACAUUGCGUUUGUCAAUAAAUGUUUGGGACUUCAGAGUGUGGAAAGCCUUGAUUCCUCCGAACUGGAUGUGAAUGAUUGGUCAGCCAAGGAGGUGGGACUUUUCAACAGUUCAACACACCCCACUAUGUAUAAAAGCAGCAACAAGUGGCACAGUGAGCCUUGUGGGUUCCUCGGAUUGUCUCUUGUUCUGAAUCCAUGGACUUGCAGUGGAGUGUUGUUUGUCUCGUAGCAGUGGCCAUGCUUGGCUGUCUGUGUGACGCUCAAUUGAAGUGGCCUUUCCAACUCCCUCAGAACCCUGCCCAACCCCUUCCUCCAAGGCCUGCUGAACCUCUUCCUCAGUGGCCUACCCAACCCCUUCCUCAGAGGCCUGCCCAACCCCUUCCUCAGAGGCCUGCCCAACCCCUUCCUCAGAGGCCUGCCCAACCCCUUCCUCAGUGGCCUGCCCAACCCCUUCCUCAGAGGCCUGCCCAACCCCUUCCUCAGAGGCCUGCCCAACCCCUUCCUCAGAGGCCUGCCCAACCACUUCCUCAGUGGCCUGCCCAACCCUUUCCUCAGAGGCCUGCCCAAACCCUUCCUCAGAGACCUGCUCAACCCUUUCUUCAGAAGCCUGCCCAAAACAUACCCCAACACAUACCAACACAGACCUGUGAGGUUGUGGACAAGGACAAGGUGUUGUGUGGACUUUCUGGCAUUAAUGCUGCCCAAUGCCAGGCCAUCAGCUGCUGUUUUGAUGGACGGAUGUGCUUCUACGGGAAAACAGUGACUGUCCAGUGUACCAAGGAUGGCCAGUUUGUGGUGGUGGUUUCCAGAGAUGCCACUCUGCCCAAACUUGAGCUAGAUUCCAUCAGCCUGCUAGGGGCAAACGGAGCCCACUGCACCCCUGUCGGCACUACAUCUGCCUUUGCCAUCUACCAGUUCAAAGUUACUGAAUGUGGAACUGUGCUGACGGAGGAACCUGAUACUAUUGUCUAUGAGAACAGGAUGUAUUCUUCAUAUGUAGUGGGGAAUGGACCCUUCGGCGACAUUACCAGGGACAGCCACUAUGACCUGCUCUUCCAGUGUCGGUAUACUGGGACUUCCGUUGAGACACUGAUUAUCGAGGUGAGAACGUAUCCAAACCCCAACCCAGUGGUCAGUGUUGAUGCAGUUCUCAAUGUGGAGCUCCGACUGGCCAAUGGACGUUGUCUCUCCAAGGGAUGUGAUGAAAUGCAAGAAGCAUACACCUCUUACUACACGGUGGCAGACUACCCUGUCACCAAGGUCCUCAGGGAUCCCGUGUACGCUGAGGUUCGCAUCCUGGGGAUGACAGAUCCCAAUGUUGUCCUGAUACUGGAGCAGUGCUGGGCCAACACAUACCCCACAGGUGAAAGUCUGCCCCGGUGGGACCUUCUAGUUAAUGGGUGUCCCUACCAGGAUGACCGUUACCUGACCGUGCCCAUCCGCUCGGACAGCUCCUAUUUCCCUCCGGGAGAAUUCUUCUCCCACUACAAGCGCUUCCUCUUCAAGAUGUUCACCUUUGUAGAUCCGACAUCUAUGGUCCCCCUGCAGGAGAACGUGUACAUCCACUGUAGUGCAACAGUGUGCCACGCUCUAGCAGGCUCCUGUGAACAAAGGUGCAACAGGCAAAGGAGAGAUCUUUCUGCUCAAGGCCAAAAGAAGACUAAAGCAGAUGUUGUGGUUUCCAGUCAAAAAGUCAUCAUGAUUGACCCACGUUUUUAUGCUUAAAUCAAAUGUGUUAUAUGCUCCUCAUGUAUAUGGUCUGACUGGACAAUAAAAGAUGAGACAUCUCAUUGCUUUUUUUGUGGAAAGAGUUAUGAAAAGGUUAAGUUACAAAACUUUUGUUGUGUGUUGGGGACUUUGUGGUCAGCGAAAAACCUUCAAACCUUUUCCCCUCACUUGGUCAGAGAAACUGAGGCAGGGCCCUGAUAAUAUGCUGGCUUUGAACCAAUUCCCAGCUUCAACACUAGAGGGCUUAGUCAUAAUCAAAAUAAAUAUUUCCUGAAUAACUGUACUGUAGUAAAUAAGCUUUACACAAGGGGGUGAUACUGUUGGUAUCAAUACUACAUGACCAAAAGUAUGUGGACACCUUCUCGUUGAACAUCUCAUUCCAAAAUCAUAGGCAUUAAUAUGGAGUUGGUCCCCCCUUUGCUGCUAUAACAGCCUCCACUCUUCUAGGAAGGUUUCCACUAGAUGUUGGAACAUUGCUGCAGGGACUUCCAUUCAGCCACAAGAGCAUUAGUGAGGUCGACAUUGAUGUUGGGCGAUUAGGCCGAGCUCGUAGUUUGCGUUCCAAUUCAUCCCAAAGGUGUUCGAUAUGGUUGAGGUCAGGGCUCUGUGCAGGCCAGUCAAGAGCUUCCACUGCAAUCUUGACAAACCAUUUCUGUAUGGACCUCGCUUUGUGCAUGAGGGCAUUGUCAUGCUGGAACAGGAAAGGGCCUUCCCCAAACUGCUGCCACAAAGUUGGAAGCACAGAAUUGUCAAGAAUGUCACUGUGUGCUGUAGCGUUAAGAUUUCCUUUCACUGGAACUAAGGGGCCUACCCCGAACCAUGAAAAACAGCCCCAGACCAUUAUUCCUCCUCCACCAAACUUUACAGUUGGCACUAUGCAUUGGGGCAGGUAGCAUUCUCCUGGCAUCCUCCAAAUCCAGAUUUGUCCGUUGGACUGCCAAAUGGUGAAGUGUGAUUUAUCACGCCAGAGAACACGUUUCCACUGCUCCAGAGAUCAAUGGCGGUGAGCUUUACACCACUCCAGCUGACGCUUGGCAUUGUGCAUGGUGAUCUUAGGCUUGUGUUCGGCUGCUGGAUCAUGGAAAUCCAUUUCAUUAAGCUCCCAACGAACAGU